CCGGUUGUCUGAGAGUCUCUUGGAGGCAGCAGCAGCAGAUGCGCCGUCCAUGCUGCUUUCUAAGUCCGCUAAGAAGCCACUAGUCCAAUUAACCGAGAGGAGGCGGAAAUCCACGCAUGCAUGCUAUUGAACUCCUCGGCUCCUCGAUGGAUAUGAGCGCCGCUGCGGUUUAUGAUGACGACCUGAUACGACGACAGCCCGCCAUAACCAAACAAGUUGGACCAGAAGCGACGCAGUAUCACCCCGUGGCAUGCCGGUGUAUUUUGAGUUGGUGGUAGUCGCGAUUUAGGCUCACACAUUAAGCCUUUUUAAGCUGCUGGAGAGUAUCUGUUGUAGGCCUGCACGCCGUGCGUCAUUUGGCGACGCUAACAAGGGGUUUCCUCUCCGCUCUGACUGUUUUGUGACGGUGGUUCGUUAACAUGGAAACGUACACUGAUGUGCUGCUCGUCACCGCAAAUGUCGGGUCACUCUUUGACAAUGUGGGUGAAAUUCAAAAUGAAUGGUUACAAGAAUUGUAUAAGACUAUCCACAGCCACAAGCCGCAGUUCAUCGCCCUGCACUUCCAGGAGGUGGGAGGGAAGGACUACAUGGUCAACAUGGGACACGCAGAAAACUUCUUUUGUAACAUUGAGUCCAGUGAGGAGAUGAAAGACUUCGACAGGGUCUGCAUCUACGUGGACAACCAGUUCCAAGCAGAAGACAGCUUCACGGCUUUGGGGAGCAUGUACUUCAUCCACAAGACACUGAAAAACAUCUAUCAGUAUGACUUUAAUGUUAAGGAUUUUAAAGCAGUGUCGGGACAGAACAAGCACGUGGGCUCUCUGGAAGGGGUCACCACAGUGGAGAAAGAAAAAUUCCCAAAGAAUUUCUGGCCUGAUUUCAAGUGGUCCAGAAAGGGCUUCAUGAGGACCCGCUGGAUCAUACACAACCAAGGCCUGGACUUUGUCAACGUCCACCUGUUCCACGAUGCCUCCAACCUCAUUGCCUGCAACUCGAGUCCUUCCAUUUACUCAGCCAACCGCAAAAACGCUCUCAGAUACGUCAUCAACAGGAUAUCAGACAGCCGUUACACUCCUCUGCCUUUCCUCGUGUUUGGAGAUUUCAACUUCCGUCUGGACACACUCAGUCUUGUGCAGCAUCUGUCCACUUCGGCAGACGUGCAGACAGUGAAGAAGGACAGCAGUAACAAAGUGGAAAAAAUCAUCUGCGAAGAAAAAGAUAACGAUCACAAGGUGCUGCUCCACAUCGAGGAGAAGCUGUUUGCUUACCUGAACCAGGCAGUUUUCAGGGAGGACAACGGCAGAGCACUUUUGAAGUAUGACAAAGAAGUCGCAGCCUUUCAUGAUGUUAUUAAGGAAGAGGCCAUCAAGUUUCCACCCAGCUACCCCUACAGUGAAGAGUACACUAAACCGACCCAGUACAUGAAUACUCGCUGUCCUGCCUGGUGUGAUCGGAUCCUGAUGUCACACAACACCCAAGAAUUCAUCCACAGGGGAGAUGACAGUGAGGAGAGCGUCGUUUACAACACAGUGGGUCCGAAUGUGUGUAUGGGAGACCAUAAGCCGGUUUUCUUGUCCUUCUCACUGAAGACGAAUGACCAUUGACUUGGAUCCUUCUCAAUGGUCAUUGACCGCAACAUCCUCACAGCUCUUCCUCAGUAUCAGUAUCAGAGGGUAAUCAGCAUGAUGGUUAUCCGACAAAAAAACCCCACCCAUCAUCCAGCAGCAGGUCUGGACACAGGUAGUCUUCGCUGUGCAAACCCACAUCACUGGCGUCUCACAAACGAAUGCCUCACUGCCACAUACUGUCGACCACAGCCCGAGGGACACGAGCACUGAUCUGUCAGCAGCUGUUAUGGAUUUUUGAGGCAUUUUUCCAGAUUCUCCAAUCACUCACUCUCUGAUCUGAAGUCCCCUGAGCUGUCUCCUGCAGCCGCGGAGAAGACAUGACUGCAGGGUGUCAGUCCUUCACAUGGACGUGUAUGCAAAACAUUGUUUUCUGAUUGUAGUUGUUGCAUUUUUUUUUUUAAAUGGCCUUUUUCUUACAGGCAGUGUCAGACAAACCCCAGACAAUGCAUCACAAAUGUACUCAUUCCUUAUUGGUCCUAAAAGAUUUAUUAAAUCAAUACCAUCUCACGCCACGUUAUAGCAACUGAACUAAAGCUUCCCUUUAGUACUUUUUAAAGAAGAAGUUCAUUCAGCAAAUCAGAAUCAAGUAUCAGGAUGUAAAUAACUUUUAGUUAAACAUUCCGAACAACAUUAUUACAAGCCACUAAUAAUAAUAAACAAAAAAAUAUGGGAUCUUUAACAUCAAGUGUUGGACCAGUCCUACUGAAUAUGCAUGUAUGCUUUUAUUUUAGAUUUUAUGCCAGUUUUAGUUGAGGUAUUUGUGUUUUGAAGUUGUUUACUAUGACUGUAAGCUGUAUUUUACACCACAAGGAUAUAGAGUAGAGGAAUGCUGCUGUGCCGGUUUCCUGAUGAGGUGUUUCGUUAGAUGACCUCCAUAAAUAACACGUAAUUUAUGUAGGACAUCUCACUGGCAUGUCUUUCAUAACGUAUUUACUUUAUCACAGCGGCUUUAACUAUGUUACACAACUCUGAAGUACAAAUCAAAAUAACCUUAAGGAUUGAUUUUGAUGAAUGUAUAUGAUGUAGAAAUGACACUAGACAGUGGACGAAAAGGCCAAUAACAUCCUAAAGCAACAACAGCAGUCUGCUCUGUUUAUGAAUGCUGCGGUAGGAGCUGAAUUUAUUAAUAUAAUACAGCAGCAGAGUGUUUCACCCUGUUGAAUUUAAAGUGACAUUCUUUUGCUGUUUUUCUUAUGUACCAAGUGUACGUCAAUACCAAGUGCUUUAUUCCACAAGCUAUAACUCAGCAGUUCUCAAUUUCUCGAUUUAAGCCGUCCUCACUCAGAAAGUUUUCUUUACAGUUUGUCUUCGCGGGAAUCUUUUCCACCCUGAUCUGGUUGGCAUCGACCUUAUUUCAUUGCCAAAAGAAUUAUACUGUAGGUCUCACAUGUUUACUUCUAACUGUACUUAACGGGUGUGGGUGUUUUUAUCACAUGGUUUCACUUGAAGCUCACAAAGUCCUGUAUAUAUACAGCAUACACACACACACACACACACACACACACACACACACACACACACACGUGUGCACCUACACAGCACAAAAGGCACUAUUUGCUUUUGGAUAGAUUUUUGUCUUAUAUUUUGUUGUUGAUUCAUAGUGUCCUGAUGUAGCACCAGUGCUGUAUAAUAUUUUUGAUGUGUAUUAAUGGUUAGAUUUUCUUUCUUUUUUUAAUCUGGCUUUAAUAACGACUAAUUGAAAAUCCACAUAUAAAUGUUUUGAGUGUUUUGUGAAAUGUCUUACACGGCUUGAUGGAACAGCACACUUUCCAUAUUCAUACAAAAAUACUUUUCAUGCAUAAAUCCACACUUAUUCAUAUGAAGUUUGGACUAUCAGCCAUGUUUGUACAGUGAGACUGAAGCCUCGCCAUAACAAGAUUAAGUUAACAGUUUGUAAGUAAUACACUUGGGAGUGGAGUUAUAAGGCCAGUAUUACAUUUAGAAAUAACUCUGGUCAAACACUACAGCAUUGUCAUAUUUCACUUUUGUAAAUAAAAUAUUACCCUCAUCAA